ACGACGAUUGUAAGAUUUACUGUUUUCCGUAUUACGUUUAUUCUUCAUGUCUACUUCUAAAAACAAGUUAUCUAAUGCGGUACCGAACAGACCCAUUAUAAAAUGGUUACUACGUCAAACAACACAAAUGUGUGAACUUCAGAGAAUUUGUUACGGAGAACCAUCUGGAGCACCACGGACGUUAGCUGUAGAAGAAUCUCUCAAAUUGUCUAGAAAUGCUAAUAUCAAAACUCUUGUGGCUCACUUGAAUGAUCUUGCGGAUCAGCAUGCGAUAACGACUAAAACAGAACGCAAAAUCUUAGAAGAAGCUAUCAGAACAGUGUUGGUGACUAAGAAAAUAAAUCCAACCGCGCAUCCUGAUUUUGCUAAAUCAUUUGGCAAGUGUGUAGAAUUAAUUUGGGGCUAUAGACAACUUUGCGCAGAAUGCGAAGAACUUAGAAAAACCCCGUACGAUGCUGACAAUCCUGAACAUGAAUUGUUAUUGUUAAAAUUGUGGAACUUGUUGAUGCCUUAUGAACCUUUAGAUGCCAGAGUUACUAAACAAUGGCAAGAGAUUGGAUUUCAGGGAGAUGAUCCAAAAACAGACUUUCGAGGAAUGGGAAUUCUGGGUUUAGAAAAUUUAGUUUAUUUUGCUCAGGAAUACCCAAGUGCUGCGACGCAUGUAUUAUCCCAUUCUACUCAUCCACGUUACGGUUAUGCAUUUGCUAUUGUUGGUAUAAAUUUAACAAGUAUGGCUCUAAGAUUGUUAAGAGAUGGAACUGCCAAGACUCAUAUUUAUAAUUCUUCGAAAACUUUACCGACGAUUCGUGCCUUUCAUCAGUUUUAUUGUUACCUGUUUUAUGAAUUUGAUGGGUUUUGGAUUGAUUCAAAACCAAGCAACAUGAUGGAGUUCUCCUCUAUACAAGAAAAAUUUGAAAAUAGUAUCAGAAUGGCAUUAGCUGAUUCGUCUACAGUCUUUAGGAUAAAUAUAUCGGUUGAUAAUGUUUAAAAUAGGUGCAAUAUUUUCUGUUGAUAAGACCAAAAAUGUCGUACAGGGAAUUAUUACUACUGUAAUGGACAGAAUUAAUUUCUGUAAUAUAUUGCACAAUAUGUAUAUUGUGCACAGUGUCUUGCAAAUGAAUGUAGAUACAUUUUCAUAAACUAUAAACGAUAUGUAAAACAGUUAUUUUCGAGUCACUAAGUUACAGUAAGGUGUAAAGAAGCUUAAAACAUUUCAUAUUAUAUUUUUACUUAAUUUUUCUACUGGCUUAUAUCGAUAUAAUAAAAGAGAUUCAUACGUUACCUAAUGAAUUUGAUAGAGUUGAAAGAAUUCAAACAAAUUCAUUUGUUUAAUAUAAAUAAUUUGAAGUACAAUGUAUGUUACAAGUAAAUAUGUCGUUUUAAGUUUAUUU